CUCCCCCCGUGGCAAGCCCAGCCUCUCGCUUCCCUCCUGGAGCCCUUUUCAUUUUUAUUUCUAACCCCCUCUCCAUUCUCCCUGCUGCCUCUGCUCCUUCCCCCGAUGGCUACGAACUGAGCAGCAGAAGAGGGGGAGGGGGCACAGGAAUAAGGGAAGGGGGGAAAAUUAGCAAGAAAAAGGAAGAGGGGAGGAAAAAGGAUUUUUUAAUUUUUUUUUUUUUUUGCCUCUGCCCUUAAUGCCCGCGAUCUGGAUCAAGGAAGGGGAUUUUCUGUCUGAGCAUGAAAAGGACUGCUAGAGCCCCAGGAUUUUCACGCCUGCAUUCUCAGCCCAGCACCCAGUAUGCAAGCUGGACAGAGAAGCUCCCCCACAAGUUCCUACCGAGCCGAAUAAAACCCGCGGGCGAGCAGAUCUCCGCCAGAGAGGGACAUUAGCAUCAGGACUCCACAGAAUGGAGCAAGAAUGAGAGGAAAAAGGCAGACAGAAAAGCAUGAACUGGAGGCUUGUUGAGUUCCUCUACCUCCUGUUUAUAUGGGACCAUAUACUAGUACAGCCCUCCCACCAGGACCCAGCUGCUACCAACCAACAUGUCUCCAAGGAGUUUGAUUGGCUUAUUUCAGACAGGGGCCCUUUCCACCACUCGCGGAGCUACUUAUCCUUUGUGGAAAGACAUCGUCAAGGAUUUACAACCAGAUAUAAAAUAUACAGGGAGUUUGCCCGUUGGAAGGUGAGGAACACAGCCAUCGAGCGGCGGGACCUGCUCCACAACCCACUGCCCCUGAUGCCUGAGUUUCAGAGAAGCAUCCGCCUCCUGGGCAGGAGACCUACCACGCAGCAGUUCAUUGAUACCAUCAUCAAAAAGUACGGCACCCACAUCCUCAUCUCUGCCACCCUGGGAGGAGAGGAGGCCUUGACCAUGUACAUGGACAAAAGCCGCCUUGACAGAAAGUCAGGCAACGCUACCCAGAGCGUUGAGGCAUUGCACCAGCUUGCUUCCUCCUACUUUGUAGAUCGUGAUGGCACCAUGAGGAGACUCCACGAGAUCCAGAUCUCUACCGGAGCAAUCAAGGUAACAGAAACUCGUACCGGCCCCCUGGGCUGUAACAGCUACGACAAUCUGGACUCUGUGAGUUCUGUCCUUCUGCAAAGCACUGAGAGCAAACUCCACCUGCAAGGUCUCCAGAUCAUCUUUCCUCAGUAUUUACAAGAGAAGUUUGUCCAGUCUGCCUUGAGUUACAUCAUGUGCAACGGCGAGGGGGAGUACAUCUGCCGGAACAGCCAGUGCGGCUGCCAGUGUGCGGAGGAGUUCCCGCAGUGCAACUGCCCCAUCACUGACAUACAGAUCAUGGAGUACACCCUAGCAAACAUGGCCAAGACCUGGACAGAAGCCUAUAAAGAUCUGGAGAAUUCAGAUGAGUUUAAAUCCUUCAUGAAAAGGCUACCUAGCAACCACUUCCUGACCAUUGGGAGCAUCCACCAGCACUGGGGGAACGACUGGGAUCUGCAGAACCGCUACAAGCUGCUGCAGAGCUCCCUGGAAGCCCAGCGCCAGAAGAUCCAGCGCACUGCCCGCAAACUCUUUGGCCUCAGUGUCCGGUGUCGGCACAAUCCUAACCACCAGCUGCCCAGAGAAAGGACAAUACAGGAAUGGCUUACUCGGGUCCAGUCCCUGCUCUACUGUAAUGAGAAUGGGUUCUGGGGGACGUUUCUGGAAAGCCAACGGAGUUGCGUUUGCCAUGGUGGCACCAGCCUGUGCCAGCGCCCCAUCCCCUGCAUCAUUGGGGGCAACAACAGCUGUGCCAUGUGCAGCCUCGCCAACAUCUCUCUCUGCGGCUCAUGCAACAAGGGCUAUAAGCUUUACAGGGGUCGCUGCGAGCCUCAGAACGUAGACUCAGAGCGGAGUGAGCAGUUCAUCAGCUUUGAGACAGACUUGGACUUCCAAGACCUAGAGCUGAAGUACCUGCUGCAGAAAAUGGACUCUCGCCUCUAUGUGCACACCACUUUCAUCAGCAACGAGAUCCGCCUGGACACCUUCUUUGACCCCAGGUGGCGCAAACGCAUGUCCCUCACCUUGAAGAGCAACAAGAACCGGAUGGACUUCAUCCACAUGGUGAUCGGGAUCUCCAUGCGAAUCUGCCAGAUGCGCAACAGCAGCCUGGACCCUAUGUUCUUCGUCUACGUCAACCCGUUCAGUGGGAGUCACUCUGAGGGCUGGAACAUGCCCUUUGGGGAGUAUGGCUACCCACGCUGGGAGAAAAUCCGCCUCCAAAACAGCCAGUGCUACAACUGGACCCUGCUACUGGGCAACCGGUGGAAAACCUUUUUUGAGACUGUUCACAUCUACCUACGCAGCCGGACUCGGCUGCCCUCCCUACUGCGUAACGAGACUGGCCAAGGGCCUGUGGACCUUUCUGACCCCACCAAGCGUCAGUUCUACAUCAAGAUCUCGGAUGUGCAGGUGUAUGGCUACAGCCUGCGUUUUAACGCUGACCUGCUGCGUAGUGCCGUGCAGCAGGUCAACCAGUCAUACACGCAAGGCGGGCAGUUCUAUUCUUCCUCCUCCGUCAUGCUCUUGCUGCUGGAUAUUCGGGACCGAAUCAAUAGACUGGCGCCUCCUGUGGCCCCAGGGAAGCCCCAGCUGGAUCUGUUCUCUUGUAUGCUCAAGCACCGCCUGAAACUCACCAACAGCGAGAUCAUCCGUGUGAACCAUGCUCUAGACCUGUACAACACCGAGAUCCUCAAACAGUCGGACCAGAUGACAGCCAAACUCUGCUAACCCGGACUUUUCAAUGGACAUGUUGGUGAUUGAUCCUUUUGCUGUAAAAAAAUAAAAGAGAAAAAAAAAGAGAAAAAA